UUAAUCUUGCCGUAUUAUGAAAAGCGUUGUGUCUUAUAAUUUCUCCCCAAAAAAAAAAAAAACGUCGGCUAUACGACUGGCAUGUCUAUCCGCGAAACCUAGUUUUGCAAAUAAAAAACGCAAGCAAAAACCUCUGCAAAACUCCCAGAGAGAUUUCUAUGGCGGGCCGCCAAAAGAUGAAUCUAAGCGUGAGCUCGAAAGCUGAACAAAAGAGGCAGGAGAAGAAGAAGAAGAAAGCCAAGUCAGGAGGUUUUGAGUCAUUAGGCCUGAGCCCCAAUGUCUACGGAGGUAUCAAGCGCAAGGGCUACAAAGUCCCUACUCCUAUUCAGAGGAAGACCAUGCCGCUCAUUCUCGCCGGCAACGACGUCGUUGCAAUGGCUCGCACCGGUUCCGGAAAGACCGCGGCUUUUCUCGUUCCGAUGCUCGAGCGGUUGAAGGAGCAUGUUCCCCAGAGCGGUGUUAGGGCUCUGAUUCUUUCUCCCACUAGGGAUUUGGCGCUUCAGACGCUUAAGUUCACCAAGGAGCUCGGACAUUUAAUGGAUCUUCGUAUAAGUUUACUAGUUGGAGGUGAUAGUAUGGAAAGUCAGUUCGAAGAAUUAGCCCAAAAUCCCGACAUUAUAAUAGCAACUCCCGGCAGGCUCAUGCACCAUUUGUCUGAGGUUGAUGACAUGUCAUUGCGCUCUGUUGAGUAUGUUGUUUUUGAUGAAGCAGAUUGUCUCUUCGGUAUGGGUUUCGCUGAGCAGUUACAUAAGAUCCUUACACAGCUGAGUGAGAAUCGUCAGACCUUGCUUUUCAGUGCAACAUUGCCCAGUGCCCUUGCUGAGUUUGCGAAAGCUGGUCUGCGAGACCCUCAGCUUGUGCGGCUUGAUGUGGACACUAAGAUUAGCCCUGACUUGAAGCUUACCUUUUUCACGUUAAGGCAGGAGGAAAAACUUGCUGCUCUACUUUAUUUGAUAAGGGAGCAAAUCGGUUCUAAUGAGCAGACGUUAAUUUUUGUAUCUACAAAACAUCAUGUCGAGUUCCUUAACGUUUUGUUUAGAGCAGAGAGUAUUGAGCCUUCUGUAUGUUAUGGUGAAAUGGAUCAGGAUGCUCGGAAAAUUCAUGUAUCAAGGUUUAGGGCAAGAAAGACUAUGUUACUGAUUGUGACAGAUGUUGCAGCCAGGGGUAUUGAUAUUCCAUUGCUUGAUAAUGUCAUAAACUGGGACUUCCCCCCAAAGCCAAAAGUUUUUGUGCAUCGUGUGGGCCGAGCAGCUAGGGCUGGUCGGACUGGAACUGCCUUUUCUUUUGUGACAUCUGAGGAUAUGCCUUACCUUUUAGAUCUUCAUCUAUUUCUCUCAAAACCAAUUAUGGCUGCACCCACAGAGGAUGAGGUUUUGCAGGAUAUGGAUGGAGUCUUUGCCAAGAUUGAUCAAGCGAUAGCUAAUGGGGGAACUGUCUAUGGGCGUUUUCCUCAAACAGUUCUUGAUCUUGUUUCAGACAGAGUAAGGGAAACAAUUGAUUCUUCUGCUGAAUUGACUUCUUUAAAAAAAACAUGUGCAAAUGCAUUUCGAUUGUAUUCAAAGGUAAAACAAUUGCCUUCCAAGGAAUCAAUUAGGAGAUCAAAGGAACUACCCCGUGAAGGUUUGCAUCCAAUUUUUAAAAACGUACUGGCUGGUGGAGAACUAAUGGCAUUGGCAUUUUCUGAGCGCUUAAAGAAUUUCAGACCCAAGCAGACCAUUCUUGAAGCUGAAGGUGAAGCUGCUAAGUCUAAGCAUCUACAGGGUCCUUCUAGUCAAUGGGUUGAUGUGAUGAAGAAAAAAAGAGAAAUUCAUGAGCAGAUCAUUAAUUCCGUCCAUCAGCAACGUUCUAAGAAUAAUGUGGAAAAGGAAGUUGAAUAUGAAAUCACUUCUUCGAAGAAAAAGGAGAAAAAAGAAGUUGGCUCUAAAAGGAAGGCAACAAGCUUCAAGGAUGACGAGUACUACAUAAGCUCAGUACCAACAAAUCAUCAUACAGAAGCAGGACUCUCUGUAAAAGCUAAUGGGGAUUUUGAUUCAAACAGGUUGGAAUCUGCCGUCUUAGAUCUAGUUGCAGAUGACAGUGCGGGAAUGCGCAAACAAAAAUCUGUAUAUCAUUGGGAUAAGAGAUCUAAAAAGUACAUCAAGUUAAACAAUGGUGAACGUGUUACAGCUAGUGGAAAGGUAACGACAGAGGGUGGUACAAAAGUAAAAGCUAAUAAAACUGGGAUAUACAAGAAGUGGAAAGAACGUUCGCACAAUAAAAUAUCUCUGAAAGGAACAAGUGGUGAAGGGGAUGCUGAAGAGUCCACUGGAGGCCAUCAACUUAGAGGGAAUCGAAGAAAAUUUAAGGGCGGCAAGAAGCAGCAUUCAGUGCCUAAUGCUCAUGUGCGUUCAGAAAUUAAAAACUUGGACGAAAUUAGGAAGAAGAGGCAGAAAAAAGCAAUUACUUACAUGAAGACCAAAGAUACAAAGGGUAAAAAAUUCAGUAGAAAUGGAAAAAGGGGCAAAUCAAAGAAGUAAAGUGUGUUGUUGAAGUUGACAAAGAGAUGGUAGAGAUGGGAAUUAAGUUUUGGCGUUCAUCGCAAUUUGGAUCCUUAACAAUAUUUUGCUUCACAUGUGGUCAUAUUGGUGCUCACUUUUUAUUUAUAGAAAUUGUUUUUUUUUUUUUUUUUUUUUUUGUUUAUUAUACAAAAUGUCUCUGAAGAAAGAAAAAAAAAAAAGUGGAAUAUAUUUAUUUUUUACACUUA